AGUGGCGUCCUUUUUCGUGUCCUUUUUUCGAGUUCUUCUUUCAUUUUUCCUAUGAUUUGGUGUUCCGUGCCGAAAGUGUUGUCUAAUGCUGGGCAGUGUUCGUGACUGGUUCCUGAGGGAUUUGGGCUUGGAUCAGCAUUAUGCGGACUACCAGAGCAGGAAGCUAGCAGCGUCUCAGGAGGCGCCGGACGGGGCAAAAAUGGGCCCCAAAAAGGGCAAAAAGGGCAGCCCGAGGCACCGGACGGGGCCACCCCCGCCCGGGCCCUCGUCGCUGUUCAUCUUCGCCGAGGAUAACUUCAUCAGGAGACUAACCAAGUUCAUCAUCGAAUGGCCCCCGUUCGAGUACGCCGUGCUGCUGACAAUCAUCGCCAACUGCGUCGUGCUGGCCCUGGAGGAGCAUCUGCCCCACGGGGACAAGACGGUGCUGGCGCAGAAGCUCGAACUGACCGAAAGCUACUUCCUGUGCAUCUUCACGAUCGAGGCCGCCCUCAAGAUCGUGGCCCUCGGGCUGGUGCUGCACACCGACUCGUACCUGCGCAACAUCUGGAACAUGAUGGACUUUUUCGUGGUGUUCACGGGGCUCGUCACGUUGCUCCCUCUUCCGCUCGAUGUAGAUCUGAGAACGUUAAGGUCGAUUCGUGUGUUACGACCGUUGAAAUUAGUUUCUGGAGUUCCUAGUCUACAAGUUGUGCUGAAGUCCAUCAUCAAAGCCAUGGCUCCGUUGCUACAGAUCGGACUGUUGGUCUUGUUUGCAAUCGUUAUAUUCGCAAUUAUAGGAUUAGAAUUUUACUCGGGUGCUUUGCACAAAAGUUGUUAUAGCUUAGAAGAUGCCUUUGAAAUUGUUGAGGAGGGCGACAUGCCGACGCCCUGUUACGACGACGACGACACGAUGAACGUCGAGCUGCCGGCGGGGGUGCACCUGUGCAACCACAACGAGAGCGCCUGCAUCGAGCAAUGGGAGGGCCCGAACUUUGGCAUCACGAACUUUGACAACAUCGGCUUCGCGAUGCUGACCGUGUUCCAGUGCAUCACGAUGGAGGGCUGGACGUCCACCAUGUAUUGGACCAAUGAUGCUUUAGGCUCAACCUUCAAUUGGGUAUAUUUUGUGCCUUUGAUUAUUAUUGGUUCGUUUUUCAUGCUCAACUUAGUUCUCGGUGUGCUCAGCGGUGAGUUUGCCCGAGAGCGAGAAAAGGUGGAGAACCGGCAGGAGUUCCUGAAGUUGCGCCGCCAGCAGCAGCUCGAGAAGGAGCUGAACGGGUUCGUCGAGUGGAUCUGCAAAGCCGAGGAGAUCAUCCUGGCGGAGGACCGAACCACGGAAGAGGAGCGCAUGUACAUAAUGGAAGCCCGCAAGAAGGCGGCCGCCAAGCGGAAAAAGCUGAAAACCCUCGGCAAAUCCAAGUCUUCCGAGACGGACGACGAAGAAGCGACCACCGAGUCCGGCGACGAGGGCAUCCUGAAGAAGGAGAAAAAGCCCGCCAAGUCGGGCUUCUGGCGGGCGGAGAAGCGUUUCCGGUACGGCAUCCGGCACACCGUCAAGACGCAGUGGUUCUACUGGUUCGUGAUCGUGCUGGUGUUUCUGAACACCAUCUGCGUGGCCGUCGAACACUACGGGCAACCGAACUGGUUGUCGCUAUUUUUAUACUACGCCGAAUUUGUGUUCCUAGGCUUAUUCAUGUGCGAGAUGUUAAUCAAGAUGUAUGCGCUCGGACCACGCAUCUAUUUCGAGUCGGCCUUCAACCGGUUCGAUUGCAUUGUUAUCGCUGGUUCAAUCUUCGAGGUGGUUUGGUCUGCCUACAAAGAGGGUUCCUUCGGUAUUUCCGUGUUGCGAGCCCUCCGGUUGCUGCGCAUCUUCAAGGUCACCAAGUAUUGGUCCUCGCUACGUAACUUGGUCAUCUCUUUGCUCAGUUCGAUGCGAUCCAUUAUCUCGUUGCUGUUUUUGCUCUUUCUGUUCAUACUGAUCUUCGCGCUGCUCGGAAUGCAGCUGUUCGGGGGACAGUUCAUCCUGCCCGAGGGCACACCGCCGACGAACUUUAACACGUUCACCAUCGCACUGCUCACCGUGUUCCAGAUCCUGACCGGUGAAGAUUGGAACGAGGUCAUGUACCUCGGCAUCAACUCACAGGGUGGACACGAUAGCGGGAUGAUCUACUCGCUCUACUUUAUCAUCCUUACACUGUUCGGUAACUACACCCUGCUGAACGUAUUCUUGGCUAUCGCUGUCGAUAAUUUGGCGAACGCACAAGAACUAACCGCAGCAGAAGAGCAGCAGCAGGAACGAGACAAGGAAAAACAGCAGAUGGAACUGGAGAAGGAGAUGGAGGCACUGCAAAAAGCCAAAGAAGGCACUCCGACUGCGGAGGAGAUCGAGGCGGAGAAGGAAAAGGAAGCCAAGAAGGAGGAAGAAAAAAAGGAAGCGGAGGAGGAGGAACAGGCCGAGGGGCCGAAACCGAUGCUGCCGUACUCUUGCAUGUUCAUCUUUUCGUCCACCAAUCCAAUGCGCCGCGCGGCCCAUUGGGUGGUGAACCUGCGGUACUUUGACUUUUUCAUCAUGAUCGUCAUCUCGCUGUCGUCGAUCGCGCUGGCCGCCGAGGACCCCGUCCAGGAGGACGCCCCGCGCAACAUCGUGCUCAACAACCUGGAUUACGCGUUCACGUGCGUGUUCGCGAUCGAACUGCUGCUCAAGCUGAUCGAUCUGGGCGUGAUCCUGCAUCCGGGCAGCUACCUGCGAGAGAUUUGGAACAUCAUGGACGCCGUGGUCGUGGGAUGCGCCGUCGUCAGCAUCGGGUUCGACAUCAGCGGUUCGGACGCCGGCGCCGAUCUGUCCACGAUCAAGUCGCUGCGGGUGCUGCGCGUGCUGCGACCGCUGAAAACCAUCAAGCGAGUGCCGAAGCUGAAGGCGGUCUUCGAUUGCGUCGUCGGUUCGCUCAAGAACGUCAUCAACAUCCUGAUCGUGUACAUCCUGUUUCAGUUCAUCUUUGCCGUCAUCGCGGUGCAGCUGUUCAACGGCAAGUUCUUCUACUGCACCGACGACAGCAAGCACAACAGCAUCGACUGCCAAGGAUCCUACUUCCUGUUCGACGAAGUGGACGGCCGGCCGCGACCGGAGAAGCGCGAGUGGAAGACGCAGUACUUCAACUACGACAACGUCGCGACCGCCAUGUUGACCCUGUUUGCGGUGCAAACCGGCGAAGGAUGGCCACAAGUGCUUCAGAACUCGAUGGCAGCUACCUACGAGGACCGGGGACCAAUCCAAAACUACCGCAUCGAAAUGUCCAUCUUCUACAUCGUGUACUUUGUCGUGUUUCCGUUCUUCUUCGUGAACAUUUUCGUUGCCUUGAUUAUCAUCACCUUCCAGGAGCAGGGCGAGGCCGAGCUGCAGGACGGCGAAAUCGACAAGAAUCAGAAAUCCUGCAUCGACUUCACGAUCGGAGCGCGCCCGCUCGAGCGGUACAUCCCGACGAAGCACUCCGGCUUCAAGUACACCGUGUGGCGCAUCAUCGUCUCGGCACCGUUCGAGUACUUUAUCAUGUCACUGAUUGUGUUCAAUACCCUACUGCUGAUGCUGAAGUGUCACGACCAGAACAAAAAGCUCGAGAACUUUAUGAAGUAUCUCAACAUGAUAUUCACCGGGAUGUUUAGUGUGGAAACGGUGCUCAAAAUAAUCGGCUUUGGCGCCAGGAACUUUUUCAAAGAUGCUUGGAAUGUGUUCGAUUUGAUUACUGUCAUCGGCAGUAUAGUGGACGCACUAAUUUUGCUUCUUUGGGAAAAUUCCUUCAACGUCGGUUUUCUGCGACUGUUCCGAGCGGCUCGGCUGAUCAAGCUGCUGCGCCAGGGUGACACGAUUCGUAUUCUGCUGUGGACGUUUGUUCAAUCCUUCAAAGCACUGCCGUACGUAUGUUUGCUGAUUGCGAUGCUGUUCUUUAUCUAUGCAAUCAUCGGGAUGCAGGUCUUUGGGAACAUAGAGCUAGAUCCAGAUACUGCCAUCAGUCGGCACAACAAUUUCAGAUCGUUCUUGGACGGUCUGAUGUUACUAUUUAGAUGUGCAACGGGUGAAUCCUGGCCGAACAUCAUGCUGGCCUGCCUCAAGGGCCGCCCGUGCGACCCACGCGCCAACAAGCCCAACGAAACGUGCGGAUCAACGCUCGCCUACGGAUACUUUGUGUCCUUCAUCUUUUUCUGCUCGUUUCUGAUGUUGAACUUGUUCGUCGCCGUCAUCAUGGACAACUUUGACUACCUGACGCGGGACUCCAGUAUUCUGGGCGCGCAUCAUCUGGACGAGUUCGUCCGGAUUUGGGCCGAGUACGAUCCGUCUGCGUCGGGGAAGCUGCACUUUACCGAGAUGUUUGACAUGCUGAAGAACAUGGCACCGCCGUUAGGUUUUGGGAACAAAUGUCCGAACCGGUUGGCGUACAAGAAGCUAACCCGGAUGAACAUGCCCCUGGACGAGGAGGGGCGGGUGAGCUUCACGACUACGCUGUUUGCGCUGAUUCGGGAGAACUUGAGCAUCAAGAUGCGACCUGCGGAGGAGAUGGACCAGGCGGACAGCGAACUGCGGGGGACGAUCAAGCAGAUUUGGCCAAUUCAGGCGAAGAAAAUGAUCGACCUGUUGGUACCGCCGAAGGACAUGCUCAACACGGGCAAGAUGACCGUGGGCAAGAUCUACGCUGGCAUCCUGCUGCUGGAGACGUGGCGAAACAACAAGUGCGUGCAGCUGGAAUGCGACGCGCCCGACCUGCAGGACCGCAAGAGCCACGAGAUCCAGGAGGCGUACAUCGACGAUGGCCAUCUGCACCCAGGACACGACCACCGGAACGGCCACCACAGGUCACCUAGUAUACAACGUGGUUCAGCGCUAGAGCGGUCACCUAGCCCAAGACAUAUGCAUCACGACAUUGGGUUCUCGGAAACGGUGUCCAACGUGGUGGAAAUUGCACGUAGGGAUCACCUAAUUGGUAGGCACCAUUAUGGGCGCUAUAGAUACGAUAGAGGUUCCUGGUCCGUAGCCACAAGCCCUGCGCAUUCGCCUUCGCCCACACGGCUGGACACCCAGAUUAGUGCCCACCACCGGUACAACCGAAGGAUACACCCGUACGGGACGACCAGCCUGUGCCAGCGGUCCCGAUCGCCGAGCCCGGCCCGGCUCCAGGAGCUGCGGGAACGAGAGCGCGAACGCUACCACCGGGAGGAAGUUGUGUCCCGCCCGUACAUCCAGCACACUUAUCCAGUAUUACAAUCACACAGAGAUUUCGGAAGAAGACUGCCACCAAGACCAAUUAAACCCACGACACUACAGUUAAAGUCGACUAAUAUUAAUUUUCCCCGUCUUAACACUAGCCCUACGCAUCCCGUCUUUCCACAGCAGAGUCUGCAUCUAUCGCUAAACACCCACUCGCUGCCAUACGGUGUUCAUUCGUUGCCCAACUCGCGGGGCGAAAUCGCGCGGGAUCCCCGCAUCUACCACCACACGGAGAGCGAACGGGACCGGGAGCGGGACCGGCUGCGGGAGCGCGAGCGGGACUACGACUCGCGGUACGUGUUCCGGGACACCGAGCGGGAGCUGUUCGAGAUCGAGCGCGAGCUGGAACGGGCGCGGGACUCCGCCCGGGACACCGAGUACGAGAGGGUGGAGCCCCUCUCGUACGAGCACCUGUACAACCUGGGCCGCACCGGAGGCAGCACGUUCGGCGCUUCGACGGUGAACGGCUUCAAGCCCAAGGUUGGCAUGCAUUCGAUCUACUCGGAAUCGGACGAGGGCGACUGGUGCUAGCAGCGGUUUGGGAAACGGGCCCAACACUUCUUCUCCUCAGCCAACGUAACGCAAUCAUCGAGGAGCAGCAGCAGCAGCAACAAUCACAACAACUCGGAUGCCGGGCAAGACAUUAGUGAGAACCGACACGAGCCGUCGGUGCAAUCUUCUUCUACUAGCUACGGAAGGAUCAUCGCAACCAUCCUGAUCAACGCACGGGUGCUGCUGCAGUAGACAUGCAAAAACAAAAGGCACAACCAACAACAACAACACCACUUAGUUAUCGAUUUAUCAGCAACACCAAAACGAAACAAACAAAAAAUCUAACGCCAUCUCUAAUGUCUGCGCGCAGAACAAAACUUGUGAUGUUUACGGAAAUUUGUUGUUUUUGUAUUACAUUUGUGUUAAAUCGUUGAGCAGUUCUCUGGGGUUACGAAAAGUGUACUUUAUUCGCACAGUUUGUUGGUUUUUCGAUGAAACAUUUCUAGCAAUAGACACCUUACUUCAGCAUAUGGAGACGUAAUCGUGAAUUGUGUUCAUGAAACCACAAAGGAGCAUGGUGCAUUUGCACUAUAAACGUGAAUUUAUUCUUUCGUGGAUCUAAAAUUCAUGAACACAAUUUACGAUUUCGAGAAUUGACUUUUUUCCGUGUCCAUCGUGCCUCUAAUGUUGCCAUAUCAGCACCAGGCCUGCAAAAAGUUUCCAACCCAGCGUACACAUGAAGCAAACCAAAAUGUCUGUUCACUGCUAGCUUGUGACUGCAAGCCUACUGUGUCUAUUCAACCACUGCCGCCUGACUUGUGCCGGUCAGUUGCUGGAGAAUUAGAGACGUGAAAAAAUGAGCUACACUCACUCAAUUCGUGUCAUAUGACUGACUCGUAAAAUCCUCUUUAAACACUAUUUUGACUAUUUUCAAGUUGAAUGGUUGUAGACUGUGCAAAACACUUAAAA